AUGGUUUGUGAAGGCAGAUGCGGUUGUGGCGCAUUUUGUCGUCGCUUGUUUUGCCGCGCUCGACCACCAGAAAGUUGUGAUAAUGAAGAGGCAAUACCAAUAACUUCGACUCAGUUGGCAGAAGCGCGAGAUGUUAAAUUUACUCAAAAUUUAACAGAACCCCUCUCCAUAGGAUCUCAUAUAAUAUGCACAGGAACGCCUACCGAUGAUUUACCAUGGUUUGCAAUUAAUAUCGGAUGUGGAGAUUCAGAAUCUGGACGAGCAGACAUUGCCAUUCAUUUCAACGUGCGCCUUCCGCAGUGCUACGUUGUAAGGAAUACUAAACGACACGACAAAUGGGGUUCCGAAGAAACAACAGCCUUUAGGUUGUUUCCGUUCAAAGCCGAUCGUCUAUUUCUGAUCGAGAUUUUAGUAGAUGAGAAAGAGACAUUAUGGGCAGUAGACGGCGAGCAUUACUGUAGUUACGCGCAUCGCAACCCGAGCGUGCUCGAUGCGCAAUGGAUCCAAGUGACGGGCGUCAGGGACGCUGCGUUGAAGAUACAAAAGACUGACAUCUACCCCACCUUAGCGCCACCUACUAUUGAAGUUCCCAUGAGGUCAUGUUUAUCUGGAGUAGCAGAGAAUGAACCAAGUUGGCGGCCAAACGUUAUGGCCGCUUUACCUAUCGGGAUUCCUGAUGGUCAUCAAAUUGUUAUUUAUGGAAGACUACGUCCCCUCCUCCAUUCUUUCGCGUUGGACCUGCUGGACAAGCCACAAGAGUGGCCGCGGUCCAACGUGCUGGUGCACGUGAACGUGCGCGCGCACGCCGACGCGCAGCUCGCGCGCCAGCUCGUCGUGCUCAACGCGUGGCUCGGCGCCUGGGGCGCGGAGCGCCGGCAGCGCUCGGCCAAGCUCGUGCCUGGCACUAAGACGACAUUCCGAAUAGUCCGGGGGGCUACCGAGUGGUCGGUGUUCGCAGACGAUUUGCUUAUCGGGGAAAUGGAGUUCCGCGCGGCGCCGGCGGGCGUGCGCGCGCUGCGGGUCCGUGGCGAUCUUUAUCCUGAACAGAUAUACUUAUGUCCCAGCAGCUCUUCUCCGCAAGACAAUGUUAAAUGCACACCA